GCUCAGUCGCACUCGAACCGCGCAUCGGUGAGGGUGCUGUGUCGCCCUCUCUCGGCACCUUCUCCUUUCGGUGUAUGCGUGUGUGCGUACUUACGGGAGCGGUUGCCACGCGAGUCGUACCACGUUGUCCUCUACGUUCUUUUUUCUCGUUUCGAUUCGCGCUCGACUGGGACAGUCAAUUACGGAGAAUUAUUAAAUAACCGAACUUUCAAGGUGAAAACAAUACGAAAUCCUAUACAUCAGGCGAUACGUAUCUUAACGGUUUUUUGUGUUCCUUGUUUACCUUCGACAGUCGGUAAGAGAGUAAGAUAACUCGUAAAUGUGCAACAGAAUAGCAUUCGAAUUUUGUAUAUUGGCAUUAUUGUUUAACGUCGUUAGUGUUAUCGUUUGAAAUUUUUAUGCCGACCGUUUGUAAAUUUUGAUCGUACAUUGUAUUGGUAUGUUCUCUGAUUUUACGCGUAGCGUGGUUUAGAAUGGAAAAUUUAAAGUAGUUUAACAAAUGUAAUUGACAAUUUCAUUUUAAAUUGGACGGAUGGUCGAGUGCAAUCAUAUAUGAGAUGUCAACAACUUUAACGACAUAAACUGUCAACAUACUCACCGUGCGCUCCAUCUUGAAAUCGGUCGGCGCGAGGACACAGUGAAUAGUCGGUGCGCGCGUGUUUGUCGUCGUCGUGCAGUUCGUACUCACGGGAGUAUGGGGAGUGCGGGAGAUAGAUCGUCUUCGGCGUAAUCUGGCGUUGACGUGACCUAGCCUAACGUAACUUUUGUUUGGGACAUCGGUCGCCACCAUUCCAUCAUCUAUCCCACUGUUUCACCCAUUCGGUGGUCUCGUGUGUGUGCCUAUCUUUUCUGGAGUUGAAUACGACUACUUCGAGCUACAGUGGGACUGACCUCACACGUUUUUCUGGCUUUCCAAUCGCAGACGAAGAUGCAGUGAAACGUAGGACGCGCCGAGACACAUCCCCACGAUCGGUUAUCGGCGGGAACACUCACCACCUUUCGGCCAUCACGAUGCCAGGAACGUGCUCGAUGACCGAUGCGGUCAGACUCGUCGACAGUUAGUGAUGAGGAGGAGCAGGUUGUCGGCUCGCCGAUGGCUCAGGUCACCAGCAAUAUGCCAGUUCUCGAACCCAAGCGGGAUCUGGGUCCUUCACGAGGACUUCUGAUCGGCGUUUUCCUCCUGCUGUCCCUGCCACGGUGUCGCUGCUUCGACUUGGGACAAUGUACCGCGGCACUGGGCAUGGAGAAUGGCGAAAUCCCCGAUGAAGAUAUAUCGGCCAGUUCUAUGUACGAUCCCAGUCUUGGCCCGAAACAUGCCAGGCUGAGACAAGACAAGGGCGGCGGGGCCUGGUGCCCGAAAAAUAUGGUCACGAAGGAGGGCAAGGAGUACCUCGAGGUGAAUCUGCACAGUCCGCGUAUACUGACGUCCACCAGGACCCAGGGCAGGUUCGGGAAUGGCCACGGGGUCGAGUACACCGAAGAGUACUUCGUCGAAUAUUGGCGACCAGGGUUCAACAAGUGGGUGCGAUGGAGAAAUCGACGUGGCAUGGAGCUUCUAGCUGGUAACAAUAAUCCGUACUCGGAGAAGGAACAGGUCUUCGACCCUGCGAUCGUUGCAACGAAAGUCCGUUUCAUUCCUUAUACCUCUCACAUGCGGAUGGUAUGCAUACGAGUGGAGCUUUAUGGUUGUCCGUGGACCGACGGCUUGGUGUCGUAUUCCAUGCCCCAAGGAAUUAAGAGAGGAUCGGAGGUUGACCUUUCCGACAGGACGUACGACGGCAGGGAAGAAGGAGGUUACCUCUCCGGGGGACUUGGUCAACUUGUCGACGGGCAAAAGGGUCCUGACAACUUCAGAUUGGACGUCAGUGGUAACGGGAAAGGAUACGAAUGGGUAGGCUGGAGAAACGACACACCAAGUAUGCUCGGUCGUCCCGUUGAAAUAACCUUCGAAUUCGACUAUUCGAGGAAUUUCACUGCCAUACACUUGCACAUGAACAAUUACUUCACCAAAGACGUGCAGGUCUUUUCCUACGCGAAGGUUUAUCUUGGCACCGGUGGAAACCAGUUCAACGGCGAACCCGUCCAUUUCUCGUAUAUACCGGACCUGGUGUUGGAGCAGGCACGUGAUGUUACCAUAAAGCUUCACUCGCGCGCUGGCCGUUUUCUGAAGCUACAGCUGUAUUUCGCGGCGCGCUGGAUCAUGCUCAGCGAAGUAAUCUUCGAAUCAGUAAUCUCCGAAUGGAACAACACCGACGAUGAAGAGCCGAGGAACAAGAGUGCCAUUGUAUUGGCGACCGGCAGUCCCUAUCAGAAUAACGAGGGUCCACUGCAAAGAGACGAAGUAAAGGCCACUUUUAAUAAGGAGGAAAACAACGAUAAUGCCCUUCCAGACAAAAGCAAGGAACCAGAAUCGAAGCAGUUCGUCGGUCUCGUUAUUGGUAUUUUGACCACAGUGAUCGUAAUGCUCCUGGCGGCCAUUAUGUUCAUUUUUUAUAGAAAUCGAAGGUUGAAAGCUGCCCUCGCACCUUCGACGUUCUACGACCAACACGGCGACUUGAAGGUCUCCGUGCAGGAGGAGGGUGAGGACAAGGGACCAAUUUGCCCUCCGCUUCCGGCGCAGUACCACCCGGCCGCCUGCACCAUGACGACACCGCAACUACACAAAACUAUCACGGAUUACAGCGGGAUCACGGAGGUGCAGCCGGUUAUUCCGCUGUUGCUGAGCACGGCGAUCAAUCUUGCCAGGCCAAUUCCGCCGGUUCAAGAAUAUCCAUCUAAUCCGCCGCCCAUACCGCCACCACCGGAAAAGUAUUACGCCAGCACGGAGAUCUGUAAGAAUUCCCUGCCACCGUUACCGCCGUCUCCGACACCGAGCACGCCGCCGCCAAUGAGCGCGAAAGCCUCCAGUAGCAUGACAAGCUACAGUCCCGAGGAUAUGCUUACGGAGGAGGAAGACGAGGUGCCCGAGUGCAUCUUAGACUUCCCCCGGGAGAAACUCAACAUCGUUGAAAACCUCGGCUGCGGAUACUUCGGCGACGUUCACAUUUGCGAGGUCGACAGGUUUCCUGGAUACGACGAAGUUUUCCGGAACACUAGCAGCGACCUGGUGAUCGUUAAGUCCCUGAGACCUGGUUCCUUGGAUGCGCUUAGGAUAGAAUUUCAACAGGAAGCAAAAAGACUGGCACGGCUGGCCGAUCGGAAUGUCGCGCGGCUACUCGGCGCCAGCCUCGAAGACGAUCCCAUGUGCAUCGUAUCGGAAAAUGGCGAGUACGGGGAUUUGAAUCAAUAUCUGCAGAGCCACAUCGCUGAAACGUCUACUGUGCACACUGCUAAGACCCUCAGUUUCGGCACGUUGGUUUACAUGGCCACGCAAAUAGCAUCCGGCAUGAAACACCUCGAGGAAAUGGACUUCGUGCAUCGGGAUCUCGCCACAAGAAAUUGUUUGGUGAGUCGUGGUUACACGGUGAAAGUCUCUGACCUAGGUUCCGGAAGAAACGCCUACGCAGCCGACUACUUCCGGGUCGAAGGGCGACCACCUCUACCGAUUCGAUGGAUGGCCUGGGAAUCUAUGCUAAUGGGAAGACAUACGUCGAAGAGCGACGUUUGGUCAUUCGCAGUGACACUUUGGGAAAUCUUAACCUUCGCGAGGGAACAACCGUUCGAGGAGCUGCCUGACCAUCGUAUCGUCGAGAAUGCAACUUAUUUUUACCAAGAGGACGAUAGAAGGAUUAUUCUACCAUUACCAAAGAAUUGUCCCAAGGACAUCUACGAGCUGAUGCGCGAGUGCUGGCAUAGGAACGACGUGGACAGACCGAGCUUCCGGGAAAUCCACAUGUUCCUCCAGCGGAAAAAUCUCGGUUACAAGCACGUCGACUCGAACGACACCUGAUACAGAGAACUAGAAGGCUGGAAUCUUAUCCGGCUUUCUAUGAUCGGCGAGCUGAACGGAAACUGGUGGAACUGUCCUUCGACGACCAAGAUACACCAAGUCAGACCAAGUUAGUACACCAAGGUCAAAAUCCAUCUAGUUCGAAACGGCGAAUCGUCAGGAACAAAGGUAAAUGUCUGAUCGUGAUCAUGUGAUUCGUGAUCAAUUCUUAAUUCUUUUUUUUUUUUAUUAAUUAUUCAAACGAAUUUAAAGACUGUACGAUUACACAUAGUGAAAGCUUGAUUCAUACUACUUGAUUACCUUUAAAAUAUCGAUUCGUUAUCAACAUGUUCCGUCGUUGAUAUUUACGGAAUGGUCUAACUUUUAUUAUAAGAAAAUCGUUAUAAUUUAAGAAAAAAUUUGUAUAUUUUUGUCAAUUUUAUUUGGUGAAGGAAUAUGAGACUAUAAUUAUGCAUAUAACUACGUAAAGCACAAUAAACGAAUAUACUCACCUGCGUGAAAUCAUCUGGAGGAUGGAUCUCCAGCCGCGACAUCCGAUACGAAAUGGAACGUUUCUAGCGCGGGCCAGUGGGCGGAAAGCACGUUCAAUAAAUCGCACACACGCCGUUCUGAAAUUGAUACUGUCAGCAAACAAGCUUAUGACACCCGCCGCAACGGCACUCAUGUCACGUUCAGAAUACACGUGGCUCGGACUUUGGAAAAUCGCGAAGAUACAACAAACGUUUCCACCAUGGCGAAUCAUUUCCGGAAACUCUUCCACGUGCCUCUUGCCCGUAUGUGUUUCUAUCUGGUCGAGAAACACGAUUUCUACCCUCUCGAACGCUCCCCGUAACCAUUUCGUGUCUAGAAGUUACAAAAAGGAAUAAAAGGGUCGCUCAAACUUCGAAACGUUGAACAGCGGGUCGUCGAUUUUGAUAAAUCAGCAAUAGCUUCUUACUGUCUUCGUUGUAACAAUUCUUAUCGUAUUAAAUAACCGAGGACACAAUAAUCGAACGAUAUUCUACCAUAUUGUGUAUCCUAUAACAUAAAUCGAAGACGAAUCCGAAUAAUAUAGACGACAUUAGAAAACCUGUUCCUAGUUCGUUAACCGUAUUUAAACACGAACCUGGUGGAAGCCAGGGUAAAAAUCGACAGAAGAAACAACACGGUUGAAUGUACACGCGAUCCUUCUUUCAUAAGAUUUCAUUUAAUGUCACCGACGAAAGAGGACCCGGGGAUUACGCGUGAAUUUUUCUAGAGAAUUUUUGUGGGCAGCUCCUGGCCUUGGCUAAGCAUAAAACUAUUGAUCGUGUUCGAUGACAGACGAUACUAAAUACACGCAGAGAUAAUCUAAGUACAUAUAUUAGUCCCUGGUUGGAUUCGUCUGAGAGGAGAGAGGCUGAACGAUGUAAAGAACGAGGUAAAAGGAAUUCCUUGAGCCGCUGGCUUACGUUUAAGUUCCCUGAAACUACUAAUAAGCUUAAGAUGCGCUUAGCCGAAGUGCAUAAAUGUUUGACAAUACCACUAGAGGUUGCAAGUAUAAAGAAACAAAAAAAAGUUCAUAUAUAUAUAUAUAAUAUAUAAAUGAAAAUAAAUAUAGCGUGUAAAGAGAUGUUAAAGGGUUUAAUCGAUAGCGUAAAAUUUAUUAGAGAGCGCCGUUUUCAAGCAGCUUGCAUUCCCCUCGGCGGUCGCGCGGCGUCGUUUCCCGCCAUCGUUCGACCUAUCGAUUCGCGACGCUUGUUCGAUGUCCCGAGGACCGAAACUAGCGAUACCGCGAGUCGAAUGUGUCGUCGUUCUACAGACCAGGGAACGUAUAUGGGGUGAAUAAGGGUGUGUAUGAGAGAGAGUGAGAGAGAGAGAGAGAGAGAAGCUCGCGUGACCUGAAGUUACGUUUAUAGGAAGGAAUAUACACGGUCCAUUUACCCGGUGGAUAUACUUUUGCUCGUCUUUUACAGCGAAUUUUUGCCCCGUGAUCGAGGGUACAAAAUAGUUCGUACGAAUAAUUGUUCACCGAUUUUGCGUUUCGUUGCCGAUCAUGUGACUUCUCGCUUCUUUUCUCUUCCAUCCUCUAUCGCGUGUUGAAUGCACGGUAUAUUCUGUUUCGUGCUUAAGAAAAUUAAUUUACGAAGGUCCUUGUAGUGUGUUAGAUCGACUUCUAUUGUUGCAGAUGUAGAUGCUUAAUUUAUCUUUAAUAGAAAUGGUACGAGUCAUUGAAAGAUACAAGGAAGGGAAAUUAUUGUUGUUAUGGCUUUUCUUUGUUUUGCUUUUUUUUUUAACAAGCAAAGAUUUUUACGAAGAAAGACGUAUUAUGAAAAUAUAGGUAUUUGUAACGAGCGAAUGUUUAUCGGGUAUAUGAAUCGUGUUCAAUGCGGAACAAUGAGAAAUUUAUAAUUGUUAGAACGAAUUCGUAGGACAGAAUACAUAGCAGACGGUAAUAAAGAGAGUAGGAUAAUAAUAAAGAAACGAGGAUGAAUGGUGGAGAAUGAUGGCGUACGAGGGACGCUAGAUCGCACGAUAAAUCGACGCGUUGUUCUGAAAAUUUAUAACGUUACUCAGCUAAAAACAGUCACUCUGGUGGUCUGUAAAAUAUAAAUCGCCGUAGGAAAUGUAAGUGAUAAAUGUGCACGCGACUGAAAGUGGUUCGAUAAAGAGACCGUCGAUCCAGCACUAUUAUUUGUUAUCUUUCCAUAUGCAAAAGGAGCGCGAUAUAUACGAAGAAUAAUACACAAUAAUUGUUAUAUUUUACGCUGCGCAGGUCCUUCAAACGUUUAUUCAAACAGAAAAGUUACGACAAAUAUCGAUAAAUGGUCUUUCUAUAGAGCUACACAACCGUCGCUGCCUGAAAUUAAGCGAGAGUGGUUUCAUUUUGAAUAUGAAAAAGUCUAUGAUAUUGUCUAUGACACGACGUUGGUACUUUAUAAUAUAAUCUAAAAUUAAGGUCGACGACACUAAGUAAAUACUGCCAUUGUAUUAGGGGAACCUGUAUGCGAAAUCUCGUACGAAUCCUUUCCCUUCGACACGACAAAAAACGAUCGAAAUUUGCGUUCAAUUCGUUGAAACGUCUGAUCGAGAAUAGCGUUACGAUCUGAAGGAAAAAAUAAUUGAGUAACAAUAAAGGGACGAAAAAGCGUGAAGAAAUGAAAAGAAGAAGGAAAUCGCGAUCGAUCGUACAGAACACGAGGGAGUCGCGUGGCUAAAUGGAAUCGAUGUACAUAUCCACUUUGAUGAGCUUAACGAAUUAUUAUCAGUGGGAAAUUUUAAUUCGACUUUGUGGAUCGUCUUCUGUGCGAUCGAACGAACGAUAUAGGCGACACGUGCGCACAGUGAAAACUUCCUACAAAUUGAAGGAGCAAAAAUUAUAAGAAUUUUUCGCCCGGUCGCACGUAUGUUUGGGAAAAAUAGAACGAAGAAAAAAAAGGGAUAAAAUUAGAGAUCGAGUGAAUUUCAGCAGUUUCUUCUCUUUUUUUCUUCAAUUACCAACGUGGUCAUUAUCUUCUUCAUUUCAGCCCGAUCUUCUUUCAUCGUUAAUUCCUCGUUUAUUCGAAUUUAUUUGAAUUUAUGACGCUUCCUAUUCGAUUUGCGUUCAAUCAAUAGAGCAAAGAAAAACCGGACUCCUUUCGCGCGAUUAAUUAUCAAAAUUGAAAUUAUCGAUUAUCCGAUAGAGUGAAUAUUAUUAAUUAAGGAUUGAAUAUCACGUAUCAUUGACAUAUCGUCCGUUCCGACGAGAUAACGUUUAUUCUGUCCGGGGAACAGGAAGAAAUGCAUAUCAGCUUGAAAAUGUUCGAAUUCUGAAUCGGACGGAAGUAACGUGACACGGUAACGAGAAGAAUUUUCAUUACUUUAUUAAUAUUUCGAAAUCCUACAUAUCUCUUUGUGAUACUAUUAGUUUAAUCGUUUCUGUUUGUAGGAAGAAUUUCUGUCGCAUGAAAAAAAAAGGCUGAAAGAGCGAAAGUGUGAGAGAAUGGUCGAGAGUAUAACACAGAGAGAGAUACACCUAUAAAUAAAUAUAAAUAUAAAUAUAUAUAUAUAUAUCGAAAAAAUCGUUGAAGAUUAAGCGACGAAGAGAAUUCAUUGAACUAAUCGUUUCCAUUGUAGCGAUAUGAUAUCGUACGACAUAGGAAGGAGAUACUUUGUACAGUUUGUAAUAACAAAAUCUCGGAUACGCAAAUAUGGCACGACCAGUAUUCCAUUGAUAAAAAGAAAAAAAAACGGAAGAAAAGGAGACACCGAAAUCGUUCCAUUAAUUGUUCUUGCGGUGCGUUCUUAUAUUUCAAAAGCGACGGGGCCGGGACCACGGGCCGGUUUUAACGUUUCAUCGUCGCUAUGUUCGACUCCUUCGAGCAUAAAAAGUGGGACUCGACCAUUCGCGUGCCAGCCUCGGCCAUAUAGUUUAUCGCCUCCGUUUUUAUUUCAACCGAGACAUAACGCGGCGCGCGGUAAAAAUUAUUAGUGCGCUCUAGGAGUGUACUAUUUUGCUGUACUACUUUAUUAUGAAGUUCAUUUCGUUUGCUACUGCGUCAUGGAAGAUCCACGAUUCAUUCGAACAUCCAUAACAAUAUCGCGAAAAAUUUAGAAUUUUCAUAGGCACUGAAAGAAAUAAACAAUGGGCCAAGAACUCGAAAUUAAUGUCUGUUCCAAAAAAUCCAGAAAAUUUAAAAUAUACAUACAAUUUAAUAUAAGUUAUAUUAAUAAACUCAUAAUUAUAUUUAUACUUUAGAGAGCCCUGUCCUCAUGAAAUCUAUGGAGAUAAAGAAAAUAAUCAUUUGAAUUAAAAAUUUACAUUAUAAAUUCAGCAAAAUAUUUUGUGUUGAAUAUAGUUGAAAAAAUGGGAAAUGAAUUUUCAUCUAGCUUUUUGUUUUACGGCGAAAGUUCAUUCAUCUAAACGGUUCGUAUAAUGAAAAUUCGAUGUCUCGUUUAGAUAAUAAAACUUGCUGAGCAGGAGUUCAAUUAAUUAGACGCUACCUGAAAUUCCCGAGAAAUGGAAUUUACACAAGUAGAGUGCAAUUUUAUGAUGAAAAACAAAUGGAAAAUUUUUAUUUUUCGUGGAAGAUCCUCGUACGUUUCCCAAUAGAAACGGUUACUCUCACUGUUCGAAAUCAGGCCCCUUCUCUCCUUUGCAAACGAGCUUUGUUUUUCGCGCGUAUUUACGCAAUAGAAGCACUCGGUUUUCGUUGUUGGUCCGCGAGUCGCAAACAAAAGUCGGAACACGGAAGUGCCGCGUACACGGGAAUUCCACGUUUGCCGAUAGAAUUUAAUAUCCGCUACCUUCGUUAUGAAACACGAUCGCGCUUUUUCUCCUUUUCUAUCGGCCGCGCGUGAAUUUUCGUUUUUCCAAUUCUGAUAGAGACGCAACAUCGAAUCGAUAUCUCCUCAACGUGUCUCAUAACGAAUUUUGAUAAAUAGCGAGAAACCUUAUAUAAAGAUAUUUUUGCUCUUUUCCUUCUCUGUUCCUUCAAGAUUCAGAGAGGUGGAUUUUGUUUGUGAAACAGUUUGGUGAGUUUUAUCUUCUUAACACGACAUGUGUGUUGGCGAAAUACAUAUAUUUUGUUUUAUGUAUUAGGUUGUUUGGAAAGUUCUGCAGCCAGAUUUUACUACUGCAUUUGAAGACCUUGUUUAUGGUUUUUCACGAAUGUAUCGUGGCUACAAAAAAUAUUUGCGCCAUUAUAUUUAUUGAAUCAUUUACCUAGUGUUUAAUUGGGUUUAAGUAUAUCAAAUUUUGCAUCAUAUAGUAGUACCUUUAUAUGAUUACAACAAUUUGGUACAAUGAAAAUGAAACGUAAAAACCUGAUUAAAAAACGCUCAAUGCGGGAAAAUAAUAUAUUUAUUUAUUUUUUAAAAUACGUAUUAAAUACUACUGGAGAAAUUAGUUGCAAUUGGAAAUUUGAUGUAUAAGUUAUUUUAUAACAAAGUGUAUCUCAGUCGAUGUGUUUCGUAUGAGUGUCAGAUACGAAAAUUCGUAGUGAAGGAUUCACAAGGUUUUUUGGAUCUAUUGAUCGAUCUUCGUAAAACUUUGUGAUGGAAAAGAUGUCGAAUAUUCAGAAUCAGCCUAUAGAAACACUGAAAGAAUAUUUUAAUAAUGACAAUGAAAUAUUCAACAGCGACGGAUAAAUUGCCAAACAUUUAGAUGACUAUCGUAAAUAAUAAUGAAUAUUACUAAUAUCCAAGAAUAAUUAAUAGAAAUUUUAAUUAGAACAAUCGACUUCUAUCCUGUCAAAAUAAUAAUCAUGAUAAUAAUUAAACAUAGUAGAACUUUCCGACCAACUUAAUAUAUACAAAUCAAAAGCAAUUAUAGCUGACUGACAGAUAGCAACAAUUGGAACUAAUUGAAAUAUAUUUACCGCAACAGAAUAGUUAGCUAUCAGACAAACAAAAUGGCACGUAAUAAAAUGUCUGUAUGACAAUAUAGUUAAUCGUAAACUUUUCCAUUUGGAAAUGUUGGUUAAAAAUUUCAGGAAAAAAACGGUGCAAUUUCUCUGGUUUACCGCUAUCGAUCGAAAUUCAGCGACGAAGGCGGAGAAAUGGUAGCGCGUCUCGUUUAGACAAAUAAACGUCGCGAAAUUCGUGGAUUCGCGGAACACGAGCACGUCUACCAAUCUCCACGUGCAAAUAUAAACGGGUGAAUGGGUUGCAAAUAAGCGUUGGCUGCUCACGGUCGUACGUUGUAGGGCCAGUUAUCUAUCGUUUAUCAGUGGGCGUAUUGACUAUUGUGCGUGGUUUAACACUCGAAAUCCCUUCCACUUUUCCCUGUAUAAAUGUCACACACGUGUAUUUAAUACGUUUGUACAUAGCGAUUCGUUUUCAAUAAAUACUCAGCGCUUUGACUUUUA